UGUCCCUUGGUGGUGCAGUCACACGCGGGCGCCACGAGCCUCACGGCCCCGAUGAAUUGGGGCCUCCCAACGCCAAGGGGCGGAUCAUUGGCCCCUCUCAUCCUCUCUCCCACCGAACCCGCGGGGGACUCUUUCUGUCCCUCUUCCCAGGCCCCCCCCCCCAUCUCUUCGAUGAGCCAACGCCCUACGCGACACUCUACACCCGGCGGCGCGCCGCGUUAUAUUUAGUCCGUGGCCGGGGUCCCAAUCCCCGAGCCGGCGGACACGGGGUGUGCACCGCUCCGGGGAGAGAGUCCCGGGUACCGGGGCAGAGCCUCGCACCGCCUCCCCACCUCUCGAUCACCACCCGCAGUCACUGCCGCUGGGCCCACACAGGUGGGCAUGCCGUGAGGGUCGGGGUGGGGUGGUCGUCAACGGGGGCCGUCAACGGGGGCAUGGUGCGCGUGGCCUCUCGAGGCGGCCCUCGCAGGGCCCUGCGAUUCGUCUGCUGUGCAGGGGCAGCUCUCCUCGUGCUGCUGCUCCACCUGGCGCCCCGCGCGCGCCCCACGAGAGGCAGGGAGGUGCUGGGGCGGGCGCACGUGGGGACCGGAGCCCCGGCGGGAGCGAGGAAGGACCGGGCCCUGGCGGCCGUAACCAGCGCGAACGUGACGGCGGCUACGGCGGCGGCGUUGUGCCGGGACGCGGUCGCGGUGCCCCAUGACCGGGAGCGCGCCCAGCAGCUGGCAGCCGCCGCACGCCUCCUGGGAGAGUGCCGCUGGGAGUGGAGCGAGGAGGCAGCGCGGGACCUCAGGGCGAUGCUGCGAUCGUGCUGCGAUGCGCGCACCGGCCUGGUGCUCACGCGGGGAGACGCGGCGGAGCGCCCGGGACUCGCGUUCGAGGCCGCCACCAAGACUCUGCACGUCACCCCGCAGCUCCUGUCCGUGCUGCCGGAGAGCUCUCCUCUGGCCGGCGAGUUGCACGGUCGCUGUGCCGUGGUGGGGAACAGUGGGGCGCUGCUGGGGAGCCGGUGUGGUAGGAGCAUCGACAACGCUGACUUUGUAAUCAGGUGCAACCUCCCUCCGGUGUCGGGAAACUUCACGCGGGACGUAGGCAACCGCAGCCACAUGGUGACGCUCAACCCCAGCAUCAUCAAGGAGCGGUAUGGGGGGCUCCACAGCAGCGAGAGCCGGAGCCGCUUCGUGUCGGACGUCACGGAUUACGGGGACGCUCUGCUUCUCGUGCCCGCCCUCGCCUACGUGCACAACCUGCUGCCGGCCCUGAGGGCGCACCGUGCCCUGGAGGCGGCGGGUGCUCGCCAGAAGGCCGUGUUCUUCCACCCCGACUACCUGCGACGUCUCGCUCGCCUCUGGGCGGCCAGAGGGCUGCGUCCGCAGCGCCUCUCCACGGGUCUCAUGCUUGCGAGCGCCUCCCUCACCCUGUGCCGCCAAGUUCACCUGUACGGAUUCUGGCCCUUGGAACGAGGGCCCGACGGGGCCUCUCUGCCACAUCACUACUUUGACGACAGACCGCCUCGGCCAGGCGCGCACGACAUGCCCCAGGAGUUCAGCCACUACCUCCUGCUGCACAGCCAGGGAGCAAUACGGCUGCACAUGGGCGCGUGCACAUAAUGCUACUCACAGCACCACGCCCACAUACCCCAGCCACCUACCGCUCCCCACCUACAGUGAGGGAAAAAAAGUAUUUGAUCCCCUGUUGAUUUUGUACG